CUAACUCAGCAUCCUUGACGCCAGGCUCUUCCGAAUCACGCGGUACAUAAGGGUACAUAUCGAAGCAUUUGGACGUUCCUAGACAUCCCAUUCCGCUUCCGCCAUCCCUGCGGGGUCAUUGGAAGCCAUUCAGACCUUGCUUGCUUUAUUGCCGCCCUCUCGACGACUUCCAAAUUCACGGGGAACCUCUCCCGGUAUUUCGUCACCCGUCGGAGUUUUGGAACCGAUGGGACCCCAUCCUUUGUACUCACAGCUACAUCUUUGACUUUACUCAUCUACGCUUAGCGCUCUCUGCGAAUUAAAGGCUUCUUGUUUGGAUGACCCAUGCGACUCGUAUUUGCAUGCAGAUCCCCUUGCCGUCCAUCGCGCAUAUCCUCUUCUCUCUGGAUCCAUGGACCGGGCGCAAUCGGAUGAGCUGCUGGUGGCGAAACAUACUCAAGACGCGCGUGUUAUCUCCCUUGCCAAAAAACUCAACAUUGAACCUCUUCGAUCCGAGCCUUUCCAUGAAAGACUGUGCAUUGAUGCUAUGAACCCCAAUGUCGACGAAUACAUGGUGCUCAUUCUGUCGCAAGGAUAGAUUUUCGGCGCUUUGCUGCACGAACUUGGACUGGAAGACAUGGAGACUUCCUGCAACUUUUCAAGUAGAUCAGUGGAUACCCCAACUUCCUGGAAUGGAAUAACGUAGCACAUUGCGAUAUCUCUUGGGAAAAGCUAUGGACUGCACCGCCGCACAAUCAGCCCUUUGAUUAACGUCGUUCAACUCUCGCGUCCGCCAUCUUCAUCGCAUCAAAUCCAUGCCUGCUUUUUGCUGAAGAGCACGUUCAGCUAAAUCCGGCAAGAAUAGCGCCGGAAUACUAGACCGGCUCUGCUUGCGAUCCGAUGGCUUUCGAUAUUCAUUGCUGAGGAGCCUCGAACUCCCGUUCCGAUACGAAUCCCUCUACACUCGGCUUCCUUGAGCUUGCCAGCCGUGCCCCUCGUCUGGCGACAUGCUUCCCUCAUCCGACGCGAAUGCGGGAGAUCACGGGAUCUGUUCUUAACAGGCAUUUGGCCAGGAUUUUCCCAUCUGGUUAUCGACACUUGAUCUAAGAUAAUCUAACUCAAGGGCACCAUCGAUGACUUCCAUGCCACAACUGUCUUGGAUACGGACGAGGAGCAGUUCCCGGAGUUAUCUCGGCUACAGCAAGCUGGAGCGAUUGAGGAGACGGUGUCCAGCUUUGACUUCACGACUCCGCUUUGCGACACAACCUGAUGAUGUUACUUUCGGACGCGGAGCUACUUUCUCCUUCUGAUAUCCUCCAGCUUGGGCCACCUGAAAGGCUUUCAUUCCUUCGCCGCAUUGGAGACGAUGCACACUUUGUCGUCGAAUGCUCCGACACGUCCGACUUUCCAUAGGAAGGACAUCUAGUGCACCGUUUGCUUUCUGGGUCGCUUCGGUCUGAUCGUCGGAACAAGACGCCCUCCGUGGAGGCGCUCGACACCAGACAGAAUGAGUGGCUCAUUGUCAGGCCCCUCUGCGCAACCUUCGACUCUUCUUGGCGCCAUGCAUCACGAGGGCUUCCAAUUGGACUUACCGGAAUUGACACGAGCAAUGGCAGUUUUGGAAUCCAUCGCCCCGUGAUGAAGGCUGUGUUUUGACGUUUCACAGAGGAUUGCCGUCAAAUGGGAGGACUGUUAGAAACGAGGUGGCUCAAAGAGAUGAAAGCAGGCUGAGACCCGGGGCCCUCUAUGAUCAAUCUUCCCUGCUGUCACCCGCAGAACUGAAGUUGAAGGAGUUUUGGACAUCCCAUCAGAUCGCAGUCGAUAUUGCGGGCGCAGAGAAGUGCAUAUUGUGAUAGCUUACAAUGUCCCAGCGGCCUGCAAGCCCGUUCUAAGUCAGGGAACGCGAGAAUCCCUCUUCGAGUCAUAGCUUUGCAGCAUGAAGCUCAGCACGACAGUUAGCCAAUGAGUGCCAUGCUCCGGCCCGGCUGCAAUCGGGCUAUGGUCGAGACUCCGUGGGACAUGCAAAAAUGUAGGAUUGAUAACCUACAGACAGUAGACAGUGCAUGAUCCCUUUGCGAAACAAUGCCAAAUCCCAAUCCAGGACUGCGUCCUUUAUCGCCCACCGCCCUUGCCCUUAUCGGGGACGAAUGCUUCGCAUUGCGGAGAUCUAUUGAAGAUGGCAAACUUGCGAGGGUCGUCUCGGCUCCGUAUCUUUCCAACUACAUCGACAGCGCUGGUCUGCAUUUGAUCAAGCUUGAAGGCGCCACUGAGGAUUACUAUGAGAGCUAUGAUCUCGACGAGGACGGGGAAAUGUUCCCGCCAUGGGCUUGGCUGCGACGGGUCGGGGCAAUUGCCGAGAAAGUGUACACUUUCAACUUUGUGCCUAUUCUCUGCGGAAGAACCUGUGUCCGGCCUCCGAGACGUCAUGCCCUGCUUCGCCACACUGAAGAUGGGAAGCGCACACUCCUCAAAUAUGUAGGCAAGGACAAGUUUACUCGAGAAGGACAUAUCGUUCAACGGCUUCUCUCCGAGCCGCUUUGGUCUGAUUCUCGAAACAAGACCCCUUACAUUCAAGUGCUCGAUGUCGGACGAUCACCAGCCCUCUGUGCAGCGCUCCAAACAUUCGGAUCUAGUGUACCGCAUGCUCACAAGUUGUCAUCGACUGAAGACUUUCUAAGUUUUUAUGAGCAGAUCACUGAGGUUGCUAUCCAUUACCAAGAACUGCCCAUGCUCAUCCCCUUUGCAGGGAAUCGAGUUUCUACACUCGCUAGGGAUCGUUCAUUGCGAUGUCUAUUCGCUCAAUGCCAUUAUGGAGUAUCCUCCAACUACACCCCGUCAAUGGCACUUGAUGGACUGAGGCUCCUCGGUUUCAUGCGAGAUCCACGAUCCAUCGGCGAUGAAGCCGCUUAUCGACGCUGGGGCCUGACUAUGGAGGCAAUGCGCAAGGACUCUCAGUUGGACUUACCUCCCUUCCAGGAACUGAUCCGAGAAAUGACGGCUGUGCAACCUACCGCUCGCCCCGCAAUGAAGAUAGCGCUUCAUGGUCUUGCAGAGGAGUGCACUCGGCUCAAGGGGCUGUUGGCAUGCGGGGAUCUGGGCGAGAUGGCGCUAGGAUCUUAUCCCGUGGAUCCUGUCUUGACGACUUAG